GUGCGUGUGCGUGUGCGUGUGCGUAGAUGGCGCGUUACGCGCGCGUGUAGCUGUUGUCGUUCCUCCUCCGAGCCCGGUCGUCUGUCUGCAGGGCUGAAUAAGAACCUAAGUUUGUUUCCGGGCUCAGCUCACGCAGCUGUCACGGAAGUGCAGGCUUCAGUCGAGGGAUGUGGGAUAUACCCCGGGCUUCCGGCGAAGCGAGGGAGGGUUGCUGGUUUCUUUCCCACGUUUCGAGAGCAAAGGAUGCGGCGUAUUUUGGAGGUGUUACGGCUUUCGUCGCUCGGGAUCGUUGGUUCGUCGUGCGCCGACUUGGCCGUGUUAGACACUUCGUUUUGGCCCCGUUAUCCUAGCAGCGCGUUUGCUUUGAGGUGGUUGGUGGAACGAAUGGAACUGGCAGCGAGUGCCACACAGUCGAGGCACUGCAGAGAGCGAGAUGGGUCGGGGGUGGAAAAACGGCGGCCAGAUGGGAUGGGGAUGGGUUGGAGCGAUGUCGUCGUUGGCAACGGCUGGAUCGUCCAACAUGGGCCGUGAACUACUAUGUAAGGUACAAAGUAGCCCAGCUAAAGUAGUUCUAGGUGCCUAUAAAUACUUGGCAGCGUCAAGCAACCCGUUCGGUUUUCACUUGCUGUCAACGUUUGCGCAAACGCGUGUGGACGUAAUUUGUUGCAUCAGUUUGCGAGGCGAUAGGU